UAUUCGAACACGUCCCGGUGACUGGCUGUAGUCUGGCUACGUCAUCUGUUUCGACGCCCUGGAAGGUUCAGCUGUCAAUCACAUGGGUCCAAUAUGGACGACCUGGUAAUGCAGCAAAGCCCGUGUUAGGACUGGAGGGGGCCAGAAUACAACAACAAAAACUUGCAAGUUUUGGUGCGGUUGCAGCCAGGAGAGAAGACGUAAAUAUGCCUACUCCGUAUUUUACCCUGGAUGCCCAACUGAGGUUCCAUGACAAAUGGCUGAAGAUAGACUUGCAGCGAGUGUUCUCUCCAGAAGGGCUGAGUGAGAUGUGGAAUGAGAUGGUGAAGGAUGAAGAGAUCACUUUCAAUGGAGAAGAAUCGGCUCACCCAGAAGACUGCACUGAUUGCUUCGGUACUCAGAAGAAGGAUGAAUCCAACGAUAAAGAGAAGAAGGAAGAGGAGGAAGUGUCGACAUCUGUCCAUCACUCUAUCAUCGAGACAUGGGACUGGGGGCGGCAGCCAGAUGAGACGGAGCUGAAGGACUGUCUGAUGGUGCUGGUAGAUGACCAACAUAAGCUAUCGGCUCAGAUGGCUAAGAGCACGCUGUCUGCCCUGCGUCUACGUCAGCGCCUGGUCAUCCUAGAGAGAUACCUCAUAUCCCUGAGCCACAGUAUGAUGGAAGAGAAGUACAAGGUCCGGUGGAAGAGCCCCCCCAGCCCCCCUCCACCCAUCGUAGACAACAAGAGCCCCCGGCCAGCCAGCAAGGGCGUGGAGGGUCUGGCCAGAGUCGGCUCCAGAGCAGCUCUCUCCUUCGCCUUUGCCUUCUUACGACGAGCCUGGAGGUCUGGUGACGACGCGGACCUGUGCAGUGAGCUGCUCCAGGAGUCCCUGGACGCUCUGCGGGCCCUCCCAGAAGCCACUCUGUUUGACGAGGGCACCGUGUCGUCUGUCUGGCUGGAGGUCGUGGAGAGAGCCACUAAGUUCCUCAGUGAUGUCCAUGGAAGUGGUAGUACCAAAGGCAGCAUCCCACUACAGGACCAACACCUGGCCUUGGCCAUCCUGCUGGAGCUGGCAGUACAGAGGGGCACUCUGAGCCAGCUGCUGUCUGCCGUGCUGCUACUGCUGCGUCUGUGGGACAGUGGGACCAGGGAGAUGGACAAUGAGCGCUCCACCCAGGGGACCAGCGCCCCCCUCCUCCCUCUCCUGCAGCGCUUUCACAACAUCCACAGCAGCAAGGAGGAACCCAGCCCCGAUGAGGAGAUGGAGAUCCUGGGGGCCCCUCUGAGUCCCAAUGAGAGUUUCCUGCGCUACCUGACGCUGCCCCAGGACAAUGACUUGGCUAUCGACCUGAGACAGACAGCUGUGGUCAUCAUGGCUCACCUGGACCGCCUGGCCGCCCCCUGCUCCCCCUCGCACUGCAGCUCCCCUACCUCCCACAAGGAGGACCAUGGCAACAUGCAGGGCACUCUGCAGGAGGUGAUUGGCUGGGGGUUGCUAGGCUGGAAGCUGUAUGCCAACGUGAACGGUCCUGUGCAGUGCAAGGCCCUGUCAGGCCUGGGGGUUUCCCAGAUAGUCUGUUCCGAGAAGGGCUUCCUCAUCCUGGCCAGCAGUGGAGCCGUCUACACACAGAACUACAAGAGCACCACACUGGCUCCCAUGCUGGUCCAUGCCCUGACCUCCAGGAAGAUGGUGAAGCUGGCAGCUCAUCCAGACGGACAGCACUACCUGGCCCUGUCGGCCAACGGAGAGGUCUUCUCCUGGGGCUGUGGAGACGGGGGCCGCCUGGGCCAUGGAGACACCACGUAUCUGGAGGAGCCAGCAAUGAUCACAGCGUUCACAGGGAAGCAGACAGGGAAGAAUGUGGUGCAGGUAGCCUGUGGGAGCACCUACAGCGCUGCUAUCACAGCUGAUGGAGAGCUUUACACCUGGGGCAGGGGUAACUACGGACGGCUGGGACAUGGGUCCAGUGAAGACCAGACUAUUCCCAUGCUGGUGACCGCUCUAAAGGGACUGAAGGUGCUGGAUGUGGCCUGUGGCAGUGGAGACGCACAGACCCUGGCUGUCACAGAGAACGGCCAGGUGUGGUCGUGGGGGGAUGGGGACUAUGGGAAGCUGGGGCGUGGAGGCAGCGACGGCUGUAAGACCCCAAAGCUGGUGGAGAAGCUUCAGGACCUGGAUAUAGUGAAGGUGUGCUGUGGGAGUCAGUUCUCUGUAGCACAGACCAAGGAUGGUCAGGUGUACACCUGGGGGAAAGGAGACAACCAGCGCCUCGGCCACGGCACCGAGGAACAUGUCCGUUACCCCAAACUGCUGGACAGUCUACAAGGGAAGAAAGUGGUGGACAUCGCGGUCGGCUCCACUCACUGUCUGGCGCUGACUGAUGAAGGAGAGGUCCACAGCUGGGGCAGCAACGACAAGCUACAGCACUUUGAUACUUUGUUCUCCAACAAGAAGCAGCCCAAGGCUCUGCCAGGCCUCAACUCCAAACACAUAGUGGGCAUCUCCUGUGGACCAGGACAGAGCUUUGCGUGGUCGUCCUGUUCAGAGUGGUCUGUGGGGCAGCGCGUUCCCUUCGUAGUGGACGUGUGCCCUGUGACCUUUGAGCAGCUGGAUCUGCUCUUGCGGCAGGUGAGCGAGGGCAUGGACGGCUCUUCUGAUUGGCCCCCGCCGCAGGAGAAGGAGUGCAUGGUGGUUGCCUCCCUUAACCUGCUCAGGCUUCAGCUCCAUGCAGCCAUCAGUAACCAGAUGGACCCUGAGGAGUUGGGUCUGGGCCUGGGCAGCGGGCUGCUCAACAACCUGAAGCAGACCGUGGUGACGCUAGCCUCCAACGCCGGAGUCCUCAACACCGUCCAGGCAGCUGCCCAGGCCGUGCUACAGAGUGGUUGGUCAGUGCUGCUCCCUACUGCAGAGGAGAGGGCCAGGGCUCUGUCCUCACUACUACCCAACACAGCAUCUGGUAACGAGAUGAGCGUUAGUCCUGGACGUCGCUUCAUGAUCGACCUGUUGGUCAGCAGUCUGAUGGCGGACGGAGGGCUGGAGUCUGCUCUCAAUGCUGCCAUCACAGCUGAGCUUCAGGACAUAGAGGCGAAGAAGGAGGCCCAGAAAGAGAAGGAGGUCGAUGAGCAGGAGGCCAAUGCCUCCACCAUGCUGCGAUGCCGCACCACCCUGGACAAAGACCUCAUCAACACCGGGAUAUACGAGUCUGCUGGGAAGCAGAGCCUUCCUCUGGUCCAGCUCGUACAGCAGCUACUGAGGAACAUCGCCUCUCAGACCAUCGUUAGACUGAAGGACGUGGCCCGGAGGAUAUCUAGCGGGGUCGACACGGAGCACGUCAGUAAAGAACGCUCGGCCUCCCUCGACCUGUUGCUGCGCUUCCAGAGGCUGCUGGUCAGUAAACUCUACCUGGGGGUCAACGGCACCGAAAACGCCAACGGAUACAAUCCAGAGCUGCUGGGUGUGGGGUCCCUGUUGAAGAAGUACAUCGCCCUACUGUGUACUCACAUUGGAGACAUCCUCCCUGUGGCUACCAGCAUAGCCUUCACCGGACACAGACACUUCAAUGAAGUGUCUCGGGUCAUCGAGGGUGACCUCACUGGUGUUCUCCUCCCUGAGCUGGUGGUGUCCAUCGUGUUGCUGCUGACCAUGGACCCCGGCCUGAUGCAGGAGACCGGCUCCAUCCCUCUGCUGACUGGGCUGCUGGAGCACCUGGACCGCUUCAACCAUCUGGCGCCUGGACACGAGAGGGACGACAACGAAGACCUGGCCUGGCCCGGCAUCAUGGGCUCGUUCUUCACAGGGCAGAGCUCGAAGAACAACGAGGAGAUGUCUCUGAUCCGCAAGGCCGACCUGGAGAACCACAACAAAGAUGGCGGCUUCUGGACCGUCGUGGACGGGAAAGUCUACGACAUCAAAGACUUCCAGGCCCAGUCGCUCACUGGGAACAGCAUUCUGGCCCAGUUUACAGGAGAAGACCCUGUUGUUGCGUUGGAAGCAGCCCUGCAGUUUGAGAACACCAGGGUGUCUAUGCAGGCUUUCUGUGUUGGACAGUACAUAGAGCCCAACCAGGAGACAGUGACCACCCCAGACCUGAGCAGCCUGUGCUCCCCCCUCAUUGACACAGAGAGGAACCUGGGACUCCUGCUGGGCCUCCACGCCUCUUACCUGGCCAACAGCACCCCCCUGUCACCCAUGGAGAUAGAAUGUGCCAAAUGGCUCCAGUCGUCCAUCUUCCAAGGUGGUCUGCAGACCAGUCAGAUCCACUACAACUACAACGAGGAGAAGGAUGAGGACCACUGCUGGUUGCCGGGAACACCAGAUAAGAUGUACUCCCGCUGGCUCCCCCUCAGCGACCACGCCCAGCCCUUCUUACAGGCUAUCGCUGACAACACCACUCAGGACCACACUGUGAAGGACUUCCUGUGCCAAAUGGAUCGGUGCUGUAAACAGUACCACCUCAUCACGCCCAUCACCUUCCCCCUGGAGCACCCUGUGGAGGAAGUAGGCCGUCUGCUUCUCUGCUGCCUGCUCAAACACCAGGACCUCGGUCACAUCGCCCUUUCCCUCGUCAACCAAUGUGCCUUGGGCGUGGAGCAGGGGAAGCAGAGGUCCCUCCCCACAUCUGUGAUUAACGUGUGUCGCAUGGUGUACCAGGCUAAAUGCUCUUUAAUCAAGACCCACCAGGAGCAGGGUCGUAGUUAUAAGGAGGUCUGUGCUCCUGUCAUCGAGAGGCUGCGCUUCCUGUUCAACGAGCUGCGUCCUGCCGUGAGCAGCGACCUCUCCAUCGUGUCCAAGCUGAAGCUGCUCAGCGCCCAGCCACGCUGGAAGAGGAUCACACAGAAGCUCAUCAGAGACUGCAGGAAGAAGAAGAGAGUGCCAAAGAAGUCUGAGUCGGCAGACGUAGUAGAGGAGCCGAAACUAGAGAAUGAAGGGACCAAUGAGGAGGAGCUCUGUGUCCCCAUAAGCCCCGCCCCCACAGACAGAAAACCACCCACCAACAAGACACCCAAGCAGCAGGAUAGGCUGGCUCCUCUCCUCAACACGGUCGCUCACGUCCAGAAGUUUAAGUGGCUGAAGCACAGUGUCCAGGGAGUCUUCUCUACCUCCAGCCUCAUGGGGACCAUCGUAGAGUUCGCUCUGAAGGAGGAGCCACUCGACGUGGAGAAGAUGAGGAAGUGUCUUCUCAAACAGUUGGAGCGUGCUGAGGUUCGGCUGGAGGGCAUUGACACCAUGCUGAAGCUGGCCUCUAAGAGCUUCUUGCUGCCCUCUGUCCAGUAUGCCAUGCUGUGUGGCUGGCAGAGGGUCUUACCUGAGGGGACCAACAUCGGGGAGCCGCUGUCUGACUGUCUGAAAGACGUUGGUCUGAUCCCUCCCUUCAACCGCAUGCUGUUAGAGGUCACCUUCGGGAAGCUCUAUUCCUGGUCUAUCCAGAACCUACGCAACAUCCUGCUGGAGGCCAGCGGCAGCUUUAAUCAACUGGGUGUACAGCCCGUCCCUCUCCAGACCAUUACCAAUGAGAACCCGGCCGGCCCCAGUCUGGGCACCAUCCCCCAGGCCCGUUUCCUUCUCUCCAUGCUCCACAUGCUGUCUCUGAAACACGGGGCCAACAGCCUCGCUCUGCUGCUUAACUCUGGAACUCUGGCUCUCACACAGAGCAUCCUCCGACUCAUAGGCCCCAGUACAGACAGCAGUGAGGAGGAGCUGGGGUCGAGAGGUCACGGGGGGUCAGCUACGGUACUGGAGGAGAGCCGAAAGGAGGCGACCCCCACUCCCCUGCCCGCCUCAGGGCCUGAACUUGCCGCCAUGAUGAAGAUCGGAACCAGGGUGAUGAGAGGACUGGACUGGAAGUGGGGAGAUCAGGACGGUCCUGCGCCGGGUCUGGGCCGGGUGAUAGGGGAGCUGGGUGAGGAUGGGUGGAUUAGGGUCCAAUGGGAUACCAGCAGUACCAACUCCUACAGGAUGGGGAAGGAAGGAAAAUACGACCUGAAACUGUCAGAGCCCCCGCCUGCCUCCCAGCCUGCUACUGAAGACUCUGACACCGAGGAUGACACUGAAGGAGAGGUGCUGGAUAAGAGUGCCCACCCUACAGCCAUGUUGUUAACCAGCACAGUGAACCUGUUGAAGACCCUGUCUCUGUCUGCUGGGAUCUACUCCGAGGUGAUGCAGACAGACGCCACACGGACCCUCUGUGGUCUUCUCCGCAUGCUGGUGGAGAGUGGAGCCAACGAUAAGACCGGUUGUCCAUCUCACCGGCUGGUGUCCAGGGAGCAGCAUCGUAGCUGGUGUACUCUGGGUUUCAUCCGCAGCGUGGCCCUCCAGCCUCAGAUGUGUUCUUCUCUCAGUACUUCAGCCUGGAUCGGUCUGCUGAUCCGCAUCGUAGAGGGACAACAGUCCUGUAAUGCUGCUACUCUGCAGAGACAGAUCCUGGCUCUGCGUCUGCUGCAGGCCGUGCUCCCCUCCUGGGACAAGAUGGAGAGGUCUCAGGACAUGAAGUUCCUGGUGGAAAAACUCUUUGGUUUCCUGGGGUGUCUACUACGCUCCUGCUCUUCUGACCUUCCCCUGAUCAGAGAGGGCUCUCUGAGACGCAGGAAGUCCCGACCCCAGGCCUCUCUGACAGCCAGUCACAGCAGUACACUGGCUGAGGAGAUAGUUGCUGUGCUGCGCACGCUGCACUCCCUGGGCCAAUGGAACGCUCUGCUCAACGACUAUAUCAACUGUCAACUCAGCUGUAUAGGAGAUGUGAUGGCCGGACGACACUCUGACACGACUCUCCUGGAGGAGUACUUUCCUGACUCGGAGGGCCCCAGGGUGGGUAGUCUGAUGGCCGUGCUGGCUGUGAUCGGGGGCAUCGACGGGAGGCUGAGGCUGGGUGGACAGGUCAUCCAUGAGGAGUAUGGAGAGGGAACGGUCACACGCAUCACACCUAAAGGACGAAUCACUGUGCAGUUUCAUGAGAUGAGGACAUGUCGGGUCUGCCUGCUCAGCCAACUCAAACCACUCCCAGUCGUAUCGUUCAGUGUUCAGAACCUUCCCUUCUCUGACUCCAUGUUGGUUGUCUGGGCUCAACUGGUUAACCUGGCCGGCAGCAAGCUGGAGAAACACCACCUGAAGAAGUCUCUCGGCCGCGGACUCACAGCUGACCAGGUCGAUGUUGGCCUCUUGCGGUGCCAGCAGCUGAGACUGUACAUCCUGAAGGCAGCCAGGACCCUCCUCUCACACCAGGACAAACUACGACAGAUCCUCUCACAGGCUGCCGUGCUAGACCUCCCACCCAACCCCAGUGAGGAGCCUACUGCUGUGUCUCCAGACGUGGGUGACCUGUCUCCUGAGGGUCCCCUGCCUCCCCUUAUCCUCCUCCAGCAGCUCCUUUCUGCAGCCACGCAGCCCUCACCUAUCAAGGCCAUCUUCAACAGGCAGGAACUGGAGACUGCAGCCCUAGCAGUGUGUCAGUACCUGGCCGUGGAGUCCACCCACCCCUCCUCCCCCCUGUUUGAGAGCAGUAGCUCCAGUGAGGCCACUACCCCUGUCACCGUGCAGCACGUCAAGGUCCCUAAACAGAAGAAGCAGAAGGCCUCUCCUGUUCCCCCGCUGCCCAUUGUACUACAGCUGAUGGAAAUGGGUUUCCAUAGGAACAAUAUCGAGUUUUCCCUCAAGUCUCUGUCUGGGACCGGCAGCGCCUCUGGUGUACCAGGUGUGGAGUCUUUAGUGGCCUGGUUGCUGGACCAUCCUGAUGUCCAGGUGACAGAGCUGUCUGAUGUUGACACGGUGUCUGAUGACUACUCUGAGGAGGAGCUGGAGGAGGAGCCGGAGGAGGAGCUGGAGGAGCAGGCUCCCACAGCCUUCCCAGUGCCUCCUGGUGCAGUGGUGACGGAGACUCAGACCUUUAAGAACCAAUCAGAUUUCCAGAGCAACGAUGACUAUGCUGUUUAUAUCAGAGAGAACAUUCAGGUGGGCAUGAUGGUGAAGUGCUGUAGAACGUAUGAGGAAGUGUACGAGGGAGAUGUGGGGAAGGUAAUUAAACUGGACAGAGAUGGACUCCAUGACCUGAAUGUCCAGUGUGACUGGCAGCAGAAAGGCGGGACCUACUGGGUCCGCUAUAUACACACUCAACUACUAGGCUUCCCACCACAGACCUCUCCAUCCCACAUUAAGAUCGGGGACAAAGUGAGGGUGAAGGCAACCGUUACGACGCCGAAGUACAAGUGGGGCUCUGUCACUCACAGGAGUGUAGGAGUGGUCAAGGCUUUCAGUGCCAAUGGGAAGGAUGUGAUUCUGGACUUCACUCAGCAGUCUCACUGGACCGGGUUGCUGUCUGAGAUGGAGCUGGUACCCAGUGUUCACCCGGGAGUCCGCUGUGAUGGCUGUCAGAUGUUCCCUAUCAACGGCUCCAGGUUCAAAUGUAGACACUGUGACGACUUUGACUUCUGUGAGAGGUGCUUCAAAACACGCCAACACAACACCAGGCACUCUUUUGUACGAGUCAACGAACCAGGCCAGUCUCCAGCGUUCUGUGGGCGCUCAGGGAAGCAGUUGAAGCGUCACCACGGCAACCAGAGGGGCAUGCUGGUAGAUGAGUGGUCCAGAGCCGUCAAAAGCCUCAACGUGUCGUCUUCUGUCAACCAGGCGUCACGCCUCAUCGACUGCAGUGAGCUCUGCUGGCAGUCCUCUGGGUCACAGGGAAAGCACUGGAUCCGUCUGGAGCUGUUACCUGAUGUCCUGGUCCACAGGCUGAAGAUGACGGUGGAUCCUGCAGACAGCAGCUAUAUGCCGUCUCUGGUGGUGGUCUCAGGUGGCAGUUCCCUGAACAGCCUGGUAGAGCUGAAGACGAUCAACAUCAACCCCACAGACACCACUGUUCCUCUGCUCAACGACUGCAAUGAGUACCACAGGUACAUAGAGAUAGCCAUCAAGCAGUGCCGCAGCUCUGGUAUCGACUGUAAGAUCCACGGCCUGGGCAUCGUGGGACGGAUCAGAGCAGAGGAUGAGGACCUGGCCACCGUGCCGUUCCUGGCUUCAGACAACGAGGAAGAGGAUGAUGAGAAGACGCCUACUGGGAGUUUGGCCCGUAAGAAGUUGUCCGGUCUGGAGUCGACUGCCACCAUCCGCACCAAGGUGUUUGUCUGGGGACUCAAUGACAAAGACCAGCUGGGAGGACUGAGGGGGUCCAAGAUCAAGGUCCCGUCCUUCUCUGAAACCCUCUCAGCUCUCAACGUGGUGCAGGUGGCCGGCGGCUCCAAGAGUCUGUUUGCCGUGACGGCCGAGGGGAAGGUUUAUUCGUGUGGGGAGGCCACUAACGGGCGUCUGGGCCUGGGUCUGUCCAGCGGUACCAUCCCUAUCCCCCGCCAGAUCACUGCUCUCAGUAACUACGUAGUGAAGAAGGUUGCGGUGCAUUCUGGGGGACGCCACGCCAUGGCCCUCACCGUAGAUGGGAAGGUGUUCUCCUGGGGAGAGGGAGACGACGGGAAACUGGGGCACUUCAGCAGGAUGAACUGUGACAAGCCGCGCCUCAUCGAGGCCCUGAAGACCAAGAGGAUCCGGGACAUCGCCUGCGGCUCGUCCCACAGUGCUGCCAUCACCUCCAGUGGAGAACUGUACAGCUGGGGCCUGGGGGAGUACGGACGGCUGGGACACGGAGACAACACCACUCAGCUACGACCCAAACUGGUGAAGGUGCUUCUGGGUCAUCGUGUGGUCCAGGUGGCUUGUGGGAGUAGAGAUGCUCAAACUCUAGCCCUGACAGAUGAAGGUCUGGUGUUCUCCUGGGGCGAUGGGGACUUUGGGAAGCUGGGUCGUGGGGGCAGCGAGGGCUGUAAUAUCCCUCAGAACAUUGAGAGGCUGAAUGGGCAGGGAGUCUGUCAGAUAGAGUGUGGGGCUCAGUUCUCCCUGGCUCUCACCAAGUCUGGAGUGGUCUGGACAUGGGGUAAAGGGGACUACUUCCGUCUGGGCCACGGGACUGACGUCCAUGUGCGUAAGCCUCAGAUGGUGGAGGGGCUGAGGGGGAAGAAGAUCAUCCACGUGGCCGUGGGGGCGCUGCACUGCCUGGCUGUCACCGAGACUGGACAGGUGUUUGCGUGGGGGGACAACGACCAUGGCCAGCAGGGUAACGGGACCACCACAGUGAACAGGAAGCCCACCCUGGUUCAGGGUCUAGAGGGACAGAAGAUCACCCGUGUUGCCUGUGGCUCCUCCCACAGCGUCGCCUGGACCACCGUAGAUGUCACCACCCCCUCUGUCCAUGAGCCUGUCCUCUUCCAGACCGCCAGGGACUCUCUGGGGGCAUCAUACUUAGGCGUCCAGUCAGACAGUGACUCCUCGGCGGUGAACAAUAAGAUGAGUGGCCACAGUAAUGGAGUUAGACCCAACCGCCCCUCUCUGGCUAAAAUACUACUGUCUCUGGAUGGGAACCAGGCCAAGCAACAGGCCCUGUCCCAUGUCCUCUCAGCCCUACAGAUCAUGUAUGCCAGGGAUGCUGUGGUUGGUGCCCUGAUGCCAGCUUGUAUGAUGGUCCCCAUGGAGUGCCCCCCCCCUGACUCCUCCUCAGCAUCCAGCCCCUCUGAGUCAGAGGGACCCCCUGUUCCCACAGAGGUGGAGGAGAGGGUCAGCCCUAACCCCUGGCAGACAGACAAGAAUGGAGAGGUGACCUCCUCAGAGGAUGCUGUCACCCCCUCGUCAGCUGUGACCCCGUCUACUGCUGCUUCCUCUCGACCUUUCAUCCCGGUCACGGACGACCCCGGAGCCGCGAGCAUCAUCGCAGAGACCAUGACCAAAACUAAAGAGGACUCAGAGUGUCAGAAUAAGACCGGGGCUCCAGAACCUCAGUACCUGGACGAGUUCACCAGUCUGCUGGUACCUGAUGAUACCAGGGUGAUGGUGGACCUGCUGAAGCUGGCGGUGUCUGUCCGCUCGGGGGAGAAGGGCAAGGAGGUGCUGUCUGCUGUGCUGUCUGGGAUGGGGACUGCCUACCCACAGGUUGCAGACACGCUCCUGGAACUGUGUGUCACUGAGUUAGAAGACGUGGCCACGGACUCUCAGAGCGGUCGUCUGUCCUCUCAGCCGGUGGUGGUGGAGAGCAGUCAUCCCUAUACAGACGACACCUCUACCAGCGGCACAGUCAAGAUACCUGGUGCGGAGGGACUGAGGGUGGAGUUUGACCGGCAGUGUUCUGCAGAAAGACGUCAUGACCCUCUCACCAUCAUGGAUGGAGCCAAUAGGAUCAUCUCAGUCCGAUCAGGUCGUGAGUGGUCGGACUGGUCCAGUGAGUUGAGGAUCCCAGCCGAUGAGUUGAAGUGGAAGUUUACCAGCGAUGGCUCAGUCAAUGGAUGGGGUUGGCGCUUCACUGUCUACCCUAUCAUGCCUGCUGCUGGGCCCAAAGACCUCCUGUCUGACCGCUGCAUCCUGUCCUGUCCCUCCAUGGACCUGGUGACCUGCCUCCUGGACUUCAGGCUCAACUUGGCCUCCAACAAGCGUAUCGUUCCCCGCCUGGCGGCCUCCCUGGCUGCCUGCGCUCAGCUCAGUGCCCUCGCAGCAGGACAUCGUAUGUGGGCUCUGCAGAGGCUCCGUAAGCUGCUGACCACAGAGUACGGCCAGUCCAUCAACAUCACCAGGCUGCUUGGGGACAGUGAAGGAGAGUCUCGCUCCAUGAGUUUUACAGGCAGUGCGCUUGCCGCCCUGGUGAAGGGUCUUCCCGAGGCUCUUCAGAGGCAGUAUGAAUACGAGGAUCCCAUCGUCAGGGGAGGAAAGCAGCUGCUGCACAGCCCCUUCUUCAAGGUGCUGGUGGCUCUAGCCUGCGACCUGGAGUUGGACACCCUACCCUGCUGUGCUGAGACCCAUAAGUGGGCGUGGUUCCGCCGGUACUGUACUGCAUCCAGAGUGGCUGUCGCUCUGGAUAAGAGGACUCCUCAGCCACGCCCCUUCCUGGAUGAGGUGUGUGGCAGUCCAGACAUCCCCCUCCACCUGUUGAAGUCAGUAGCCACCUAUAAAGGUGUUGAGCCAACCUCUCCUCUCAUCCACUGGUUCUGGGAGGUCAUGGAGUCCUUCUCCAACACGGAGAGAUCUCUGUUCCUGCGCUUCGUCUGGGGACGGACACGCCUCCCACGCACCAUCGCUGACUUCAGAGGACGAGACUUCGUUGUCCAGGUGCUGGAUAAGUACAACCCUCCGGACCACUUCCUGCCAGAGUCCUACACCUGUUUCUUUCUCCUCAAGCUGCCAAGGUAUUCCUGUAAGCAGGUGCUGGAGGAGAAGCUGAAAUAUGCCAUCCACUUCUGUAAGAGUAUUGAUACAGACGACUACGCUCGAAUCGCUCUGACCGGAGAACCCGCCGCGGACAACAGCUCUGAAGACUCGGACAAUGAGGACGCAGACUCCUUCGCCUCCGACUCCACGCAGGACUACCUGACAGGUCACUGACCUCUGACCCCUGAUCCAGCUUCUCUGACUCCACGCAGAACUACCCAACAGGCCACUGAGCCCUGACCUCUAACCCCUGAUCCAGCUUCUCUGACUCCACGCAGGACUACCUGACAGGCCACUGACCCCUGACCUCUAACCCCUGAUCCAGCUUCUCUGACUCCACGCAGGACUACCCAACAGGCCACUGACCCCUGACCUCUAACCCCUGAUCCAGCUUCUCUGACUCCACUCUGGACUACCUAACAGGCCACUGACCCUUAAAACCCAUGACCUAUGACCCCUGACUCCAGGAGCCUAAGGGUGAGCAGGAAGGGCCCAUAUUAAAAGCUCAGCUGUAAAGACUAAAAUGAAAGUUGUGUCUGUGUUAGUUAAUCACCUAUGAAUACAUCAUUACAUACCUGCAUUCUACUAAAAAAAUAUAUAA